AUGUAAAAUGAACUUAUUUCUUAAUUGUUCAAGAACAAAAAGGCCUAACCCAGUUGCAAGAAACGCUAACGAUGAGCCCAUAAUAAUACCGGCCCAAGGGACCCCUCACAGAAACCCUAGAACCGCCUGAUUUUCAUCAUAAAGACCCCUAGCGCCGCCUCCGUCUUCGCCCUCCGUUGCUCCCCCUCUCCCAGAUCCGCCCGCCUCCGCCGCCACUCGCGCCGAAUAUCCGGCUUCUCAAUCCGCGGAAACUACUCCCUGUUGUUCGUCGACCUCUUCGUCGCCGGAGACAUCUAGGUUUUCUCCCUCUCUAUGUUGCUUUUCCCUAUACGGCUAUACCAUGUCGAUGCCUGGUGAUGCCCAACCUGAAGGUUCUCACCAAUCCGCUUCCUCCGCAAAACCUGCCUUGUCAUCGUGCCGGAGGAAUAAAUCUGAGAACACGUCAUUUGUCUCAGAUUUGAGAGAUCACAUCCAGGAGUUUAUCCAUGCUUCCCCGAAUGAGCACAGGACCUGUUUUACCAAGACUAUCAAGAGAAUGUUUGGCAUGUCAAAGGUCGUUGCAGAGAGAUCCACCGAAGCAAAGGAACCUGGAGCUGAAAGUGUUUUGCCACUUCAGACCACGGUGUCGCGGUAGACUGUGAUCAGUAAUAUAAUUUUCUCUGUAGAAAGUAAUCUGUCGCUGAGGAUGAUCUUAGGAUAGAGAAGUCAUAGUUACACUUGAUACCAGUAGAUCAUGUACAGUAACUGGAGGAUAUUCUGUAUUAAUUUGACUGCUAAAAGGCCUAUAUAUAUUGUAAGAAGAGAAACUGAGAAGCAGUUCUUUGAAUUA